AUGAAGUACCGAUUCGAAGGCAAUGAGGGGGAAAGAGUGCCAAAAGAUGUUAGAAAGUUAAUUGUCAAUCCAGGCGUUGAGAUAUUGCCUUACACAAUGUGCUAUGAGCGUGACAUGUUGAAAGAGGUAAUUCUGCCCCAAGGAUUGAUCAAGAUUGAAAGCAAUGCUUUUGGCAAGUGCUCAAUGUUACCUGUUAUCAAGAUUUGUUGCACGGUAGAAUCUAUUGGGAUUUACGCAUUCGCGUACUGUCGGCAGCUGCAGAAAGUAGAGUUUGAACUUUUGUCAUUGUCGUCUUCGUCACCUCGACUAAAGACGAUUAAUACAUCCGCUUUCACUAUGUGCUUGUCACUGCAACGAAUCAAGAUCCCCUCGUCUGUGAACGUGAUAGGUAAAGGUGCCUUUCAGAACUGCAAGGUCUUGGUAGAAGCAAUUCUAUGCACAACGUCGAUCACGGAAGUUCCAGAAGAUGGGUUCAAAGAAUGUCGCGCCUUGCAAACCGUGAGCCUACCAAAAUCAUUGGAACGCAUUUGUUUUGGAGCAUUCUCCCGCUGUACUUCCUUGGUUACAAUGAUAUUACCACUGGAUUCCCAGCCAAUCGAGAUUGGACCAGAAGCCUUUUAUCGCUGCAAGUCUCUUUCAAACGUUUUGCUCCCAAAAGAGUCCAAUGCCUUUAUGUCACCAACCGAUUGUAAGAGAAAGGACACUUUUCAUAGCUGUGAAGUAUUGAAACGUUGCUUUGGUGAUGGAGGAGAUUGCAUCGUCGCCGGUUUGGUAGCCCGUUUCGACAAUUGCCCUUUCCAUAGACUUUGUUACGACCAAUCCUCUAUAGAGGCCCAAGAACUUUGUCAAUCUACUUUUGCUGAGAGGACUACAAAGGACGACGAAUCAUCGCUUGUGGAUAAGUUUGGAAUGACUCCAUUCCACAUAUUUUUCUCAGCUCCCGAGCCAUGUCAAGAUCUGCUCCAAGUCCUGCUAGACAAGUAUCCGUACCAUACCGGUAUCCUGGACUGCAAAGACGCAAAUGGCAAACGACCAUUGGAUUAUUUGCUGUCCAACUGGACCGGAACAACCAAAGUUUUGUUCCAAAUGUUGCUGCAGCGAUGGAUGGUCGAUCCACUUGCUCGUUGGGGUACUACAUCCUGGAGGGAAGACAUGCAAAGGAAGAUACAAACUAUCAUGGCGGGGCAUCGCAUGGAAAGUUUGUUCGAUAGGGCGUAUUAUGCCUUUGAAUGUUACGAAGGUAUGGGGGCCAUGUAUAUAUUGGAGAUGGCUUUGUGGAAAGAGAAGCUCAAGGGUGAACGGAGAAAGGAUGCUAUCAAGCGGCAGGCGCUCGACCGAGAACAGUGCCGGAGUGUCUGUGGGUCGAACAUUGUGAUUCCGAGUGUAAAAACUUUCUUGGAUAUCAAUCACCCCACAAGAGCUUAG